AUGUUCCUGCCGCUGACCUUACAACCUUGGAAUAUUCCAUUCCAACUACCCCUUGCGCACGAGGCCUCGCUGAUGACCAUUGGACCGAAUGUCUUUAACGGUGCGCCCUCACAGAUCAGACUUCUCAAUGUUGAAGUGAGAAACCUCUCCUAUAGCAUACAGGAUGUUGAGACACAUGUACCAAGCGAGGCACAGAAAGACAAGCUGGAGCACAUAGCAAACGAGUGCAAAGUCCUAAACCAAGAUAUCUGGUCAGUCACUGGCAAAUACAGAGAGAUAGACCAGACACCAAGCAUCAAACAUGUCUGGAAGCGCCUCACAUUGGAUCCAGCAGAUGUCCGAGAACUCCGAGAUCGGGUGUGCAGCAUCAUCGGAUCCAUCACUGCUAUUAAUAUGCGCAUCACGCAAGAUCAAGUCCAAGAGCUUGUCAACUACAAGAAUGAGGAACAACAUCAAAAAUACCUCGACUGGUUGUUACCAGGAAGUGUUGGAGGGGACCAAGGGAAGCCAACUUACCAGCCGGAGACUGGAAGAUGA